GAGCUGCAGCCACGCAGAACCAGCAGGGCGCGGGCGGACCAGCGCGCGGAGAACCAGCUUGGCAAGGACGCGGAGAUCCAGCACGGCAGCAAGGACUGGGAGAACCAGCAUGGCAAGGAUGCGGAGAUCCAGCACGGCAAGGGCAAGGAUCGGGAGAACCAGCCCGGCACGCACGCGGAGAUCCAGCGCGGCAAGGGCAAGGACUGGGAGAACCAGCACGGCACGCGCGCGGAGAUCCAGCACGGGAAGGACAGGGACUGGGAGAACCAGCACGGCGUGAAGGAGGAGGGCGAGGACUGGGACAACCAGUACGGCCAGGAGACCGGCACCAGUACGGCGGAGAACCAGUACAACAUGCAAAACCGGCAAGUGGAGGAGAAGGGCCAGGAGACCAAGAAGAGACAGGAGGCCGUGGAGAACACCUGGACUUCGGGACGCUGGGGCGAGGACACCUGGGCCCGGAGUCGUUCCUGGGCACGAAAGGCCUUGGACGGUGAACGGCCAGAUCACAGCGACGGCUACGGCAGCUCCAGGGACAAGGGCAAGGGCAAGCGCAAGCGCGGCCGCUACACGGAGAACGGGUGGAUGGACGAGCAGG